GAAAAAUAACGAAAUAAAAAAAUCGCCAAAAUGGUUGAGAAGCUCUACGUUACCUACAACGACGUAUGAAUACGCCCCUUGGACACGACAAACCCGCCACAUUGUCUUUUACAAAUGCUAAUCCGAAUCCCUCCCGCAAAACAGGUCCACAAGCUGUGCCAGCAGGCCGCUACCAAGAUCCUCGAUGACUUCAAGCCGCAGCUCAUCAUCGCCAUCGGCGGCGGCGGUUACGUGCCCGCGCGAAUCCUGCGCUCGUUCCUCAAGCGCCCCGGCUCCCCCAACAUCCCCAUCCAGGCCAUCGGCCUCUCCCUGUACGAGUCCCUGGGCGACGACACCCAGGUCGAGGAGAUUGGCACAAAGGUCACCCGCACCCAGUGGCUCGACCUCACCGCUCUGGGCGAGAUGGCGAACCUCGUCGGCAAGCGAGUCCUGAUUGUGGACGAGGUCGACGACACCCGGACGACGCUCGAGUAUGCCGUCAAGGAGCUUGAGAAGGAUGUCGAGCUUGCCCGCCAGAGGAUCGGAUCUGAUGCUCCCAAGGCCGAGUUUAGCAUCUUUGUUCUCCACAACAAGAACAAGGACAAGAAGGGCCAGCUGCCUGAGGACAUGGUCAACAACCGAUACCUGGCUGCCGUCACUUGCGGCGACGAGUGGAUCAACUAUCCCUGGGAGGCCAUCGACAUUGAUGAGCACGACCGCCUUGCCGCCCUGAAGAAAUAGAAUCCCGCUUCGUCAUCUAAGCCUGCGAAUAUGUAAAAUGAGAAAUAGAGCAAAAAAAUAAUAACAAAUAACGAUACCAUUAAUAUUGCUCCUCUGCUCUUUGUUCUAAGCCUGCUCUCUUUGAUGUCUAUUGUA